AUGACGCAUCUACAGGAAUUAUUCAAUCGGGCAAUUCAACCCUUGCCUGCAAUUGAUGACGAUAACUUCGCGUCCCAUUUCGAUACCUUUGCCGGUAAACAGCUUGUUCUUUUAGGUGAUGGCAGCCACGGGACCUCGGAAUUCUACUCUGCACGAGUAGAAAUCACCAAACGACUCAUCCAGAAACAUGGCUACACAAUGGUUGCCCUCGAAGCAGACUGGCCCGAUGCCGAGGCAAUCGACCGCUACGUUCGAAUGCGACCGGGGCCCAAAGCAGGUAUAGGUGGUAUAGCCAAGGGACAUGAACCAUUUAAACGAUUUCCAACUUGGAUGUGGCGCAACCGUGAAAUGCAAGACUUGGUGGAAUGGGUACGCGACUGGAACACGCGCCAAUCACCAGAAAACCGCGCAGGAUUCUAUGGCUUGGAUCUUUACAGUAUGGGAGCUUCUAUCCGUGCAGUCAUCGAUUAUCUUGACGGCAUAGACCCCGCAGCAGCCAAGGUGGCGAGAAAACGAUACAGUUGCUUGGAACGAUGGGUGGAAGAUCCUACUUCAUACGGACUAGCCUCUCUACACGGCAUGAAAGACUGCGAAAGCGAGGUUAUGAAUAUUCUGCGAAAUCUCCUCAAUCGGAGAUUGGAAUAUAUUGAGAAAGAAGCGGGCGGCGGCGAAGAGGAAUUCCAGAGCGGAAAACAGAAUGCCUAUCUGGUGCGUGACGCGGAGAAAUACUACAAAGCAAUGUACUGGAGCUCGGCAGCGUCGUGGACAAUGCGAGACACGCACAUGUUUGACACUCUGCACCGACUGAUGCAAUACCGACCCGCGCCUGAGACAUAA